UGCCUUUGUAACUUUAAAAGGUCACUAAAUGAACUGUUGUAAGUUGAGGACUACCUGUAUCUCUGUCAGGUCAGUCAGAAUAUAUAGGGUUGAACCUAGCUGUAGAUGAUGCCGUAAAUAAGAUGAUGUGUUUCCGGGUGGAAGCUGCAAACAUACAGUCUGGAGAUUUCUCAUAUUCUAUAAUAUUUUCAUAUACCUAACAUGGUAGUUUUACCCAAACACCAAGGAAGCGGACCUCUCUUUACCUCAGAGGUGUCCAACUUUGGCAACUUUAAGACCUGUGGACUUCAGAAUUCCCCAGCCAAUGGGGACAUUUGCAAACUACUGUAUGUUUCUAACCACGGAUUGUCAGAAAUAGUUCAUUAAUUACUUCUAAGUAGACUGGCUGGGGAAUUUUGAAAGUUGAAGUCCACAACUCCUAUAAAAUUGCCAGUACUAUUUACAUGGCUGGGAAGAAAUUGCUGAAGACAUGAUAGAAUUUGAUCUUUAUGUAUCAUGAGUGAAUCUCGAGUAAAGGAGGGAUUUUAGAUGAUGGGAAUUGAGAAAGCCAUUGUUCUUAGUCAGUCUUGAAAAUACUGGCAUAUUAUCUUACGCCAGGCAUAAAAGUCAGCUAGGUGACUUUGGGCCAGUACUCCUUUCUCAGCACAGUCUUCAGGAUUGUUGUUGUGGGGAAACUAGGAGCAGGCAUCUUAGAUAUGUUUGCAUUAUGCAUUAUAAGGGGCUGAAUAUAGGUCAAUGGCUGUGCCACUGAUUUGGUGCAUAUUAUUGCCAGAUGAUGUAAUGGCUUCUGGAGGAGGUAUGGAAAACUGAAGGCAGAUUUGAUGACCACGGCAAAAAGACCAAGAAACUAAUGAAUAGACCAGUUCUUUGGCACCUCUCCAGAUUUAGUCAUGGAGGAAUCCGAAGAGAAGCGUUUUGAAGAGGAUACAAUAUAGAAAAGCUGCAUCUCCUGAGGAACUCAUUUUGGAUAGCUCUGCCGAUCCAGUCAGAAGAAAAAGCAGAAAUCAGUUGGAAGUGCUGAAUUUGCUUUUUUUGAUAUAGUGGGAAUCCGUGACCACCUUUCCCCAAAGAGAUAUUAGAGUGUCAUCAGAGCAGCUAUCUCUGGAGAAAAAAAAUCCCUUCUCUUAUCUCAAGACAUCAGAAAACUUCCAGGACCUCAAACUUCUGGCUCGCAGCCCCUCCAUCCAGUUGCUGCCAUGUAUUCCCUGGUCUUCCUCUGUGCCCAGAAGGUUGUCUCUCACUACACAACUCUGCAAGAGGCCCUGGGCUUCCUCCCAAAGGAGCUGUAUCCCGUCCUAUUCAAGGCUGCCUUCAUGGAUAAGAGAACUCCGUCGCUCCAGCAAUUGGUGCAGACCUGGCCAUUCCCUGUCCUCAGUUUCCAGAAACUCUUGCGCAAAUGUCAGCAUUGUGAACGGGCCCUGAUCCGGGAGAAACCAAACAAGUUGUGCAUUCAGGCCAUUAUUUUGGGAGUGGUGACGUACCUCAUGAAGAUGCUGGAGGAUCGAAAGGGUAGUAAGAGCAAGGGGCAGCGUUUGCAGAUCCUGGACAUGACAGGCCUCCAGGACGAAGGGCAUGGCCCCGAGAGCAUGAGCCUGUGGUCCCGGACGGUCACGCUGGCCAAGGCUUGCCUGGACGUCUCCAAGCAGCAGAGCAAGUGCCUGAAGCGCUCCUCCAAGCGGAGGAAGGGCCCCUACAGCAGCUCAGUGGCCCUGCCGGCACCGCAGCCUGUGUCCGUGGAUGUCUGGGUGGACCUUUUUGUCAACAGCACCUCCUACGUGGUGCUGAAAGACGCCCUGCAGAUCAACAGCGGCAACGCCCUGCGCCUGCGCUGCCGGGACUUCCGGGCAGAGGAGCUGUCCAUCGCCAGCACCGUGGGGCUGCUGGAGUUCCUAGACCCCGCUGGGGUCCGGCAGGUGGACCUGCGGUUCAACAACCUCGGGCUCUCUGGCCUCAGGGUGGUCCUGCCGCACCUGACCAAGUUCACCAACCUGGCCAGCCUGAAGCUGCCCUACAGCAACAUCGAUGUCCGGCGCCUGACGGUGGGCAUGGAAGGGAGCCUGCAGUACUUCGCCACCCAGCUCAGCCGCCUCACCUGCCUCAAAGAGCUGAACCUGGGCUCCUCCAGGCUUUCAGGCAAGCUGCGGCAACUCCUGGGGGACCUGCGAAGCCCUUUGGAGAGCCUGGAGCUGGCCUUUUGCUACCUGCUGCCCAACGACUUCGCCUACCUCUCCCAAAGCCUCCACACCUCGGCCCUGAAGAAGCUUGACCUGAGCGGCAACAACCUGUCCGACAGCCUCCUCCAGCCUCUGCAGGGCCUGCUGACCGAGGCCGCCUCCUCUUUGCUCCACCUGGACAUCAUGGAGUGCCGGCUGAUGGACAGCCACCUGAACCUGCUCCUGCCCGCCCUCUGCCGCUGCACCCGCCUCCGCUACCUGGGCGUCUUCGGCAACCCCAUCUCUGCCAAGGGGGUGAAGAACCUGCUCCACAAGACGGUGGGCCUCUUGGACUUGCGGCUGGUCAUCUACCCCUACCCCGUGGACUGCUACGGGGACGACCUGCCCUGGCCCCCCACCUCUUCCAACCUGCUCAACGGUUCGGUGGAUGAGGAGAAGUUCUCCCGGGUCAGCAACGAACUCCAGCAGAUGCUGCUGAGCGCCAACCGGGGAGACGCCAUCUGGACCACGAACCUCUGUCGCCACAACAGCCUCGACUAUUUCAGUUUAUAGCCCCGUUGGGCGUUGGUACUCUUCCGCACCUAAAUCUGGAAUAAAGCCCCACCCCCCUCCCUUCUUCUUCUUCCUCUCUUGUCGGUGAUCUGAGCCCACCUGGCAGUCCCGGUGGGUGUAAAGCCAGAAGCCACGCCCGGCUUAACCCCGCCAGCAGCCGAUGGAAGAGCCUGCAGGGAGGUUUUCCCGAAGUCCGGAAACACGCUCUGCCAAUUGUGCUGGGCCCUCAAGGUUGCCAGUGAACGGGAGCCACCUGGCAGGGAUGGGUGGAAGGGGGCACACAGCUGGGGUGGGGUGGGGGGGCUUCUGCUGUCUUUCCAUCCCUGCUGGAGGUAGAUGCCAGCCCAGGAUGUCUGUCCCAACCAUGUUUCCCCCCCCCCCCCCCCCCCAUUGCAGACCAUUUCCAGUGCAUGUAGGAAGGGGGGGGGGGGGGGUCAUGUUCCCUGUUGUUUGAUUAUUAUUAUUUUUUACUUCUAUACAUCAGAAAGUAGCGUUGUGUUGUUGUGGGGUCUGAGAUAAGAGAGCGCAGGUGGGCGUUUUUUCACCUGUCGUUCGCCCUCUCGCGUUGUCGGAUAAGGUGGGAGGAGGCAAGUUUUGGAUCUCGAGUUUAGAGGGAAACCUCGUUUUACGAUGGGUUGGCGGGAGGGGGGAAGAUGACGACACAACAGCUUUUAUGUUGAAAUAAAAAAAACGAUGCCUCU